AUGAAGUCUUUGGUUGGUUUUUUGCUGCAAUUGUAUCUUCCCGGGAUUUACUCGCUGGCCGGGAUCGCCUGUCGCAUAGCCGUGGAGCAGAAUGUCCAGGUGACCUAUCUGUACCGCUGUGCCAGCUGCCCGGCAUCCUCUGAAGCGGAUUACUCUGCCUUGGAAUGGGAGCUCUAUCGGUGUGUGACCAGUCGAAUGCCCGUCAUCACAAGAAACAUCGAAGCACAUGAGUUGGAACCAUUGCGACGAACGGACAGCCUGAGUAUCUUCCACAUUCCGGCUGGAGAGAAGGGGGUUGCCCUGGUUCGCCGCAUCCUGGACAUGUUGAAUCCUCGCCAGAGGCGCAAGCAUCUGCACAAGUAUCUGUUCAUUUGGCCAGAUGCUGGAAGGCAUCAGUUACUGCGCCUUUUCCGUGGCUGUUGGGCCAAGAAACUGCUCUACGGAUUGGCCAUUACCGGCGGGGCAAAUGGCACCUUCGACUUUGAUCCCUUCGCAUGGGGCGGUCUCCAAGUGGUUCAGCGGUUGGAUGGGGAUGUGCAGUACCCGAGAAAGAUGAAGAACCUAAGGGGUUACCAGUUGAGCUUCUCCAUGUUCACGGAUCCCUUGAUGGCGGUGCCCAGGGAUCCAGUGGAGACUGCUGGCUACAUGUCAGUGGAUGGAGUGGCUGCCCGAGUGGUGGGCGAGAUGUUGAAUGCCAGCGUAACGUAUGUCCUCCCGGCUGACAACGAAUCCUACGGUCGCUGCCUGCCAAAUGGAAACUUCACCGGAGUGGUCACAGACAUAAUGGGUGGCCACACCCACUUUGCACCCAACUCCCGCUUCGUGCUCGACUGCAUUUGGCCAGCUGUGGAGGUGCUGUAUCCCUAUACCCGUCGCAACCUGUACUUGGUGGUGCCCGCCUCCGAAAUCCAGCCGGAGUACCUGAUCUUCGUGCGUGUCUUUCGGCGCACCGUGUGGUACCUACUGUUGGUCACCCUGUUGGUGGUAGUGCUGGUCUUUUGGGUGAUGCAGCGCCUUCAGCGGAGGAUUCCCCGUCGCGGUGUCACCCAGUUUCAGGCAACAUGGUAUGAGAUUCUCGAGAUGCUCGGCAAGACACAUGUGGGUGAACCGGUGGCCAGGCUGUCCUCAUUCAGCUCGAUGAGGACGUUUCUCAUGGGCUGGAUCCUCUUCAGUUACGUCCUGUCCACCAUCUACUUUGCCAAACUGGAGUCCGGCUUUGUGCGACCCAGCUACGAGGAGCAGGUGGACCGAGUGGACGAUUUGGCGCAUUUGGAUGUGCACAUCUAUGCGGUCACCACAAUCUAUGAGGCAGUGAAGCACAGCCUGACGGAACACCAAUACAAUCUGCUGGAGAACCGGAGUCGUCAGUUGCCCCUGGGAAUAAGCACGUUGUAUUACCAACCGUUGGUUCGGCGCAGGGAUCGACGAGCGGCCUUUAUAAUGCGCGAUUUCCACGCCCGUGACUUCCUGGCCAUCACAUACGACUCGCAGGCGGACCGACCGGCCUACCACAUCGCCCGGGAGUAUCUGCGCUCCAUGAUAUGCACCUACAUCCUGCCCAUGGGAUCACCCUUCCUGCACCGCUUGGAGUCCCUGUACAGUGGCUUCCUCGAGCACGGCUUCUUCGAGCACUGGCGUCAAAUGGAUCUGAUCACCCGGGUUGGCGCGUCCCCGAAUGCCGAGGAGUUCCUCGAGGAUCUGGGCGACCAAACGGACACGGAUUCCGGCUUCAAUGAGGUGGCAGCUCGUAACAAGAAGGUGGUUCUCACCUUGGACAUCCUGCAAGGCGCCUUCUAUCUCUGGGCUAUGGGGAUUGGCAUUAGCUGCAUCGGAUUUGCUUUGGAGCAUGCUUAUUGGGUUUGGAGGAGACAGACAUUGCGGGAUAUGGAGUCCAGAAAUGACUUACAAAUUAAUUAA